AAAAAAAACCGUCGAAACAAAAAACACCUAGUGACAUCAUUCAUCAUUUUGAUUUUUUACAAGAUUUGAAGCAAUAUGGUUAAAUAUUUGUUGUUUUUAGAUCCUAUGCGGGAAGAAGAAGUAAAUAAAUUUUAUACAGCUUGUCAAAUGCACAGAAAUUAUUAUAGAGGAUAUCCUAAAGCUUAUCAUCCAUUGAGCUACUUCAGCAACAGAGAAUAUAACUAUCAAUGCCCUCCUGAAAUGUCUCAUGUUUACCUCGGUUAUCCAUCAUACUAUGUUAAAUACAAGCAGCCGGCAGUUUUGAAUAUUUCUCGGGGCCGAACAAUAGGUUUUCCGCCCCUGCCCGGACGCAGUCUAGCUCCUCGGUACAAUAAACCACCCUAUAAUAAACGUCAAGAUGAAAUUGAAUUGUUUUAUGAGGCAUGCCAGCGCCACAGGAACUACUACAGAGGCUAUCCUAAGGCGUACCAUCCUCUAACGUACUUCCUAGACGCAGAUUACAUGUGGCAAUGUCCACCGGAUCUAACUCCGACGUACCUUAGUUUCCCAGUGUUCCACGUGAAGUACAAGCAGCCGGCAGUCCUGCCGGGCAGCACGGGCCGCACCAGCGGUAUACCGCCCAUGCCUGGGCGGACUCUCGCUGGACGUUAUAAUAAAGCUGCUUGCAAGGCCUUUAUCAGAUAGACCAAUACUCAAGGGUCUGUAUUAUAUCAUCAACUUCAGAUAGGUACCUACCUACAGAGAUCCGCACCAACGGUUCGCCAUACCUGCCUAGCUGGACUCUCGCUGGCCGAUAUAAUAAAACUGCUUGCAUGGCCUUUAUUAGAUAGACCGAUACUCAAGGGCCUGUAUUACCUAUACCCUACCAUCAACUUCAGAUAGGUACCUACAGAGAUCCGCACCAACCGUGGCAUCAACGGUUUGCCAUCCCUGCCUAGCUGGACUCUCGCUGGCCGAUAUAAUAAAGCUGCUUGCAUGGCCUUUAUUAGAUAGACCGAUACUCAAGGGCCUGUAUUACCUAUACCCUACCAUCAACUUCAGAUAGGUACCUACAGAGAUCCGCACCAACCGUGGCUUCAACGAUUCGCCAUACCUGCCUAGCUGGACUAUCGCCGAGAGUUAUAGUGAACCUGCUUGCAAGGCCUUUAUCAGAUAGACCGAUACACAAGGGUCUCUAUUACCUAUAGCCACAUACCAUCAACUUCAGCAAGGUACCUACAGAGAUCCGCACCAACCGUGGCUUCAACGGUUUGCCAUCCCUGCCUAGCUGGGCUCUCGAUGGACGCUAUAAUAAAGCUGCUUGUAAGGCGUUUAUUAAGGCUCCAGUACACAAUGGGCCAUUGCCGGCCACUCCAAGGGACGCAUUUAUGCGUUAGAGGGAGCAAGUGAUAUUGCUAUCUCAUUCUACCGCAUGGCUGCGUCCCUUGGAGUGGCCGGCGAUGGCCCAUUGUGUACUGGGGCCUUUAGAUAGAUCAGUGGUUCCUAACCUGGGGGUAAUUACCCCCGUGGUGGCAAAACUGGUAUUUUACGGAGGUAAUACGCUAACCUAAUAUAACAAUACAACAAACGCACACGUUUUAUUUUUUAAUACCAUUGGGAGGAGGGGUAAAAUCAGGUUCCCUAGUUAGUCAUAGGGGUGACAGGACUGAAAAGGUUAGGAACCACUGAGAUAGAUCGAUGAACAAGGGUCUGUAUUAUACCAUCAACUUCAGAUAGGUACAAACAGCAACACUCUUAACUGUCCAUCGGUGGACCUUAUGCCAUUUGAAAUAAGACUAAUAAGGUUUACGAACGGUCGUUAACUGACGCGGGCGAUAGUACCUACAGAGAUGUCAGAGAUCCGCACCAACGGUUUGCCAUCCCUGCCUAGCUGGACUAUCGCCGAGCGUUAUAAUAAAGCUUAUUGCAAGGCCUUUGUCAUAUGGAAAUAUUAUUUGAAUUGCACCUAGAUGAUGUGGAUCACAAACCCUCUCAAGGCCCCUGUACAUAUUGGGCCAACGCAGGUCAGUCCAAGGGACUCAGCCAUGCGGUGGAAUGAGAUAGCAAUAUCACUUGCUCCCUCUAACGCAUAAAUGCGUCCCCCAGACUAGCCCACGCUGGCCCAAUACGUACAGGGGCCUUCAGAUACAACUAAUUUAAUUCGGAAAGCAAUAUUACCAGUUUAUCCAAAUCUACCUGGCACUAGACAAAGAAAUAUGUUAACAGCUCGCUGUAACGUGCCUCUGUUUUGUGUUGUGUAUCUUGAUUUACUGGACUGUUAAAAUUUGCCGUACAGCGCCAUCUACUUUACACGUGCCAUUAACCUAUUUCUUUGUGUAUGCUCUUACUGAAUCACAAGAUUAUUAAUGUCAGAGAGAUUAUUCAAGGAAUUGUCUCCGUUCAAAAAAAAUUGGCCUCUUAGAUUUCCAGAUUUAAAAGUAUGUAUGGUUUCAUUAAAUAUAAAAAAAAGGAAUUUCUGAAAUAAAAUACAAGCUGUAGGUA